GUCUUGUCGGCCCCAUCCCGAAUGUUUCUUGCUGUUCGAGCAAUGAUGGGGAAAUGGAGUAGUUAUCUCUGGCAGCUAUCUACAAGCAGGCAGUUUUGAACGGCCGUCCUUGACCUAUGAUGAGGGCAGAGGGCCAUUUGUUGAAGCUCGUACCCCACUGAUGUGAGAGUGUGUGUUCGGGGGAAUGUCCCGCCACAGCAUAUCCACCCCUGGAGGACUCAGCAGGCCCUCGAGUAGCUUGGACGUUCGCAAUUUGUCAGCUGCUGAUGUUGCUGCUGAGCUUCGUUCCGUGAUUGAUUUGCGACGGAAAAAUGACGAACUCACUGGCGAACUGGGAGAAGUACGUUCGCAUCUCGACGCUGAAAAGCGCCGUGUCCGCGAUGCUGCGAGAGAGCGCGCUAGUGCUCAGAAGGCGCUUCGAGAUCAGCUCGAGCGUGAGAGAGAGCAUCUUGUCGAGGUCACAACGCAGCGCGUGCGGAAAGAAUGCAGAGACAAGUUCGACCGGGGAAGAGAAAAGGAGAAGGGUCGGGAGGACGAUUCAGUGGGGCGUCUGUUGAAGCGAAAAGACGAGGAGCUGCGCUCGCAGCGAGCUGCGUUCAACCGCGAACGAGACGACUGUGUGCGCAGAGCUGUACAGGAAUGCGAGGAGCGGGUGCGCGAGAGCGUGGAGCAGCAGGCGGCCCAGGAGCGAGUAAAACUAAUGACUGAGAUGUGGGCACUGCGCGAGCAGAAAAUGCGCACCGAGCAGAUGCUGGAGGUGCGCAUCGAGGCGGAGCACGAGCGCGUUGGUGAUUUACGGCGACGAGAAGAGGAACAUGAGCGCGAGGUUGAGGAGCUGAUGCGAAAGUCGCGAUCGGAGAGCGUUCGCGACGUGCAGAAGAUCCGCCUCGCCGAGCGUAUUGUCCAGAGCAAGGACGACGACAUUGCCUACUUCCAGCAGGCGGUGGAGCGCCUGACGCUCGACAACAGCAAGCUGACGGACGAGGUGACACGUCUCCGCGUUGCCGAGGCGACCGACAGGAAGGUUGCCAGGGCGGUGGAGCUGUCGCCGAAAUGGCGCCGGCGAUCGGACACUCCGUCGGUGCACGGCUCGACGACGAGUCUAAAUGAGUUCUCACCGUCGUCACAGAGCUUAACACCACGUUCUCUGUCACCAAGCACUGACCGCCGUGACAAACCACCCUCCGCCAUGGCUAGCAAGAUCACACGACUUGAAGCUACCAUCAAGACUUUGGAGGAGAGGAUCACAUCACUGAAGCAAGAGAACGCAACUUUGGCACAGCAGCAGCAGAAGCCGACAAAGUCACCCGGGAAACUGCAUGCAGCGGCACGUAGUGCCUCGUCCAAUGAUGUGGAGUCGUCUGCCGCUGCUGCUGAUGCUAAAGAUGAGAACACGACGAUGCGAAGGUUGCGCAAGAGCAAUGCCGAGUUGACUACUACUGUCACUCAGCUGAAGAGUAAAGUGCGCGUGUUGGAGGGUGAACGUGAUCGUGCGGUCAGACAGGAGUAUGGAGGAACAAAGUUGUCGCGCCAUGAGUCGCUGAACCGGCCUGCUUCUCGCUCGAGUAGCCGUGACAAGCCCUCAGCUGAAAGCAGGCCGGUGGUAGCGGCAGCAGCUCUGACUGCCGUGCAGAAGGAGAAACUGAAGAAGGUCGACACGCUGGAGGAGGAGAAUCUCAAGCUUGUGCAGCACAUCACGCGCUUAACCUCAGAGAAGAUGUCAAUGGAACGCCAUGCUGAUCUCCAACUGCGCAGUGCCCUGCAGGAUGUCGAGUCAACGUUGUCAUUGCGCAAUGCCGAGAUUGAGCUGCUCAACAAUCGCCUGCGCCGUCUGGAGGACAAGUGCCGGCAGCUGGAGGUGCGUCAGCAGGAGCCGCAGCAACAACAGCGUGUGCUGCCGUACACGCCUGGUGCUGCGAUUACCACCGCCAGUCACAGUGUGGACAGCUACCACGUCGGUGCUCAAGCAAACGAGCGCUAUGCUAAUCAGCCAUACCACCAUAGCAGCACCACCAGUACUACCACAGCCAGCAGUAGCAUCAUCACUGCUAGUCAUGGGCAAGGUCAGGCUCAGUUUGCCAGCUGGUCUUCUAGUGCCACCACUGGCAACAUAAUGGAGAUGUUUGGGGCUGCUGCAGUGGCGGCACAGCACAAGGAGCGUCAAGAACUCACGCUUAGCGACUUCCCUGCCACGUCUACAGCAAUGCCAGUGCAUGGUGGCAAUCGGCGUUGCUCGGAUUCGUCCGGAGCCUCGACUCCUCAACAUCCUGGCAAUAGUCCUCUGGUGCCUCGCACUCGUCUGUCUAACCCGUCCACCCCGGUGCAGAUGCGUGCCGUGUUUGCGUUGUCAUCCACGCCUGCUGCUUCUGCAGGCAGCACCACUGUCCCGUCCGCUGACAACAUGUCCUACACCGGUCAGCAUGGGCACACAAGUACUGCUGCUAGCUCAUCAGCAGCCAGCACACACUCUACAGCUGUGUAUACCGGUGAGGGUAGCAUGGACGUGUCGGCCACCACUCCCACCAUGCAUCGGACUAGCAAUGGCGAAGCCGUGCUGUACCAUGAUCGUCACACACCGGCUGCCAUGCCUUCAGGUGUGCAAGUGUCCACUGAUGCCCAGUUACUGUACACCUCUGCUGGUACUAGUGGUGAGAGUGCUGCAUUGCACAGCACCAGCACGGCCCUGCAUCAUCACACUCGCCAUCAUACCGCAACAGGGAGUGCUGAUAGUGCUGCUGCUGCUGCCAACACAGCAGCCGCCACAACACCUACUUCUACCGGCGCUGUUCUGCAGUCUGGUGGUGGUGGUGGUGGAGGGGAUGCGGAGGUGGAGCAUAUCGUACACAACAUGCAGGUCUCCUACCACGGCGACCACAGAGACCGCAUGCUAUCUGCAACUACUGCUCGCCCUCCUCCAACUGCUGAUAGUGGUGCGGGUGCUGCUGGUGGAGCUGGUGACGCUGGUGAGCAACUUGACUACACAACCUCUUCAAGACAGCAGCAGCACGAACAGCACCACCAGGAAGAAGAAGGCCCCUCUCAGCCGCGCAACAGCAGCCUGGAGAAUGUCAUCUCGUCGCUGGACAGCUUCAAGCUCUCCUUGCUGUCCAACAAGCUCACCACCACCACCGGUACGGGCUGUGAGGACAGCGGCAAUGCUGGCAGGGCUGCUGCUGCUGCUGGUGGUGGUGAUGCAGCAGGGCGACAUCCAGCAGCAGCAACACGAUCACCGCACUCGUUUGCCAACACAUCGGCUGCUGGCACGGCCACUGCCGCAACAACAUCAUCAUCCUUAUCGUCGUCACCGUCCGUUCUGAUCGCACAGGCAACUUUCACACCACCAUCAGCUUCACCGUCUCGUCAGUCGCAUAGAACAAGGGCUGCCGUCAGUGAACCUCGUCCGUCUUCCCUCGCACCCAGUCCUGUGUCGUCAUCGUCAAUAGCCCGCUCACCGGCAACCCCGUCUCCAGAGCGCGGAUCUCCGUUCGGUCGGACGAAAACCAGCCCUCGUCUGGCGUCCAUUCGUUCCACGGCUCACACGAACGGCUUCUCGUCAGACACGCCUGACUUUGAUAGUGACCUUGUGCCCGUGAUGAGUAAUCCCAUUGCUCUGGCGAUGUCAUCACCGUCGUCGACGUCUGCACCCACAUCCACCGGUUCCAACACUGCUGCUGCUACUACGGUCUUGCGAAUGCUGAGCGACGGCGAAGAGUCAGAUACGCCGUCGCCACCCUCUCCACAAGCGUCGCCGAUCAUAUCCACGAGUGGUGGUAGCCCUAGACCAGUGCGCAAUGGCAUUCGAGAGUUCUCCAAGGCUGUAUACAAUGAUGAGAGUGAAGAUGAUGCGUAUGACAGCGAGACUGGUGGUGAGGAGGAGGAGGAUGAUCAUGAUGAUGGUGAUGGUGGAACGCUAGGUGAACGUAAUGGUGGUGACUUGUUGCCUGUGCACGGCAGUGGAGCAGACGAUGACGACGACGAUGACAGUGAUUGGUUGAACACGUCUGCCGCUGCUGGUCUGGUAUGAGAGUGCACGUGUUCCGCCCCGUGUGUGUGUGUGUGUGGUGUGCGUGCGUGCGUCCAUGUGCGUGUGUGCAUGUGCGCCCACGUAACAUUGAACGACCGAUUGCGUUUACGGUCGCGGACACCAGUGUUGUUGUUGUUGUUGUUGUUGUUGUUGUUGUUGUUGUUGUUGUUGUUGUUGUUGUUGUUGUUGUUGUUGUUGUUGUUGUUGUUAUUGUUGUUGAACUUGAACGCAUCAUCAUCAUAGUAGUCGUAUCCAGCUUGGCUAUGAUGACUUGCUGUGCAUGUUUGUUACCAUAGUUACCAGUGCGUGAGUAUCACCAUGGUCACCGGACAGGGCAUGUGUUACUGCAGCACCGUGCACGCCGUGUUCACAUGCUCUCCUGGCCAGCCACCAGCACACGUGCUGCUGUCAGACCAGACUGUCGUUGUCGUUGUUGUCGUUGUUGCGUCUGUUCGCACUCCUACUCUCCUAUUGAAUUGAACUACUCUCUUUCAUCGUGCAGCAUUGACACAAAUAUUAUGCUACUUACAUUUGCUGUUGCUGUUGUUUAUUUUGAUCUUCUUUUUUGUUUCAACCUGUUAAAUGGUGCUUUGAAUCGUUAUUCUUUUCGCACUCGCAGUGUGCUGUCGUUGUGGCUGCUGCUACCGUUUUGAGAGUACUGGUAAUGCUGAUAAUGAUACGUUGCAGUCUUUUCUUCUUCUUUAAAGACCGUUUAUUUUCCGCCGUGUCUUGGUUUUCGCCGUUUGGUGCUCGCCGCCGAUUGUUUUGUGUAUUCUUGUGCUGGCCAUGAACGUGCGCAGCGGUGCGAGCUGCCCAGUCUCCAUAUAGCAUCUCUAUUUAUUCAACUUUUUUAACCGUGCACCCAGCCGCCACCGCGCUGCUCAUUAGCGCACCAUGCUGCUUCUUCUCCACCGCUACCGCCGCACCGCUUUCCCCGCACCUGGCGUAUUCACAUCAGUAAUGUCCUAACAGCGAUCGAUACGACCAAACGGCCGACAAUCCUACCUCCUUGAAGUGCGUAACCUCUCCCGAGUCCCCUCCCCCUCCCCUCAAGCUUUGUAACAGUAUGUCAACAUUGGUCUUGUUUAACGGGUUGUGGUAUUUUUUUGUGCGUACUCACUCCACUCCCUCCCAUCAAGCGCUCAGAUUAUGUUAACCUUUGUCUUGUCAACGGCUUGAGGUAUUUCCGGUCGCAAGCUCCUGGUUGUGACUUUUGCAAGCCUUCCUCGUCUCGGAACCAACAUGAUGCAUGUUCCUGAACAUUUCUUCACCUUUGA